GCCUAUUGUCUGUGUCACCAACUAGAGCGAGUCACUUGUGAAAUAAUAUAGCAUUUAGUAGUGAAAUACUUAGAAACGGGCGCAUUUAUUUUCAAGGUCCUACGGUGAUCCAACACGUGAAAGUUCAGAGUGGAAGGUGCACAAAUUUCAAGGUGGAUUUUAGCAACACAAAGAAGCUCAAAAGUCGGAAUAUUGGUUAUCCGAAGGAAUCGGCGACCUGUGGUAAGCUCAUCAUGUACAUUUUUUUCCUACGGCCAUCUGGCACGCGCGCGGUUUUAUUCGGCUCGCGUCUUUUGACGCCUUGCUUCUUAGAUGGCUAUUUCUUCGAUCAACAGUUUUUAUACUCAGACAAAUCAUCUGCAAUCUAUAUCGCUCUUGUAGCUAUCCUUUUUGUUCUUCAAUAGAGUGCGAGGACUCACGCUGGUUCUAAUAAAUCGAAUCGAAGAUUACAGACUUUUAAAGUCAUGUCGAGCGAUUACACUACCCAAUAGUAUUUGACAACGUGAAUAAUAUUUACUCAAAACUCUCUCAGUUGAGUUUUCUCGUACGUCUGUCCUCACAUACUCUAUUUUCGCACGAAAUUAUUGUUUUUCUAACGAGGCUUCCCUACCAGGAGUCAGUAGGAGUUUCAAAAUUCUCUAACGACCUUGUAACUAAAAUUUUUAUGCUUUUGACGUUCAAUGGCGAAACAGCGACGUAGAAAUUCCUGAUUUGCUCGGCCGUCUCUUUCGUUUUCAGUCUGCGAGAGAGGAAAAGGAAAAAACCUGAAGCAUCGCCAUAAUCCUUCUUUAAGAGAAGCAACGACGCAUGAAAGCGAAACAUAACACAAUAGAAGUUUCUAAACAAAUUUUCGCAGGCUAUUAAACGGUUUUCAGUCGGUGUUGCGAAAAUUUCGUUGACAUACCCUGACUAGAAUAGAGUCAAACAUUACACGUAGUAGCUCGCAAUGCAAAGAUUAAACAUCUGAUUUAGAACCCUAGGUCUAAUUUCGUUACAGCAGAUAAAAAAAAAACAAGAACAACAAUCUGAAAGCUGUAUUUACCAUUUUAACCGGGAAGGUGUUAAAUAUAUAUUUUCCACGUUGUAUUUUUCGACAAUUUCUUUUCAGUUUUAGAGACUAGUAUAAUUUGCCUUUUUGAUGCUAUAAUUAUUUCAAGAAAACAAUUUUCAUUCAUGCUGUUUUUUAACUUCAAGGGUGUAUAUAAAGCAACAAGAAUUCGUAUAAACAUCUCACGUGAAUAGAGGCCCUUGUACGAACAGUUUGAAUAGCAACUGCCUAAUUACACCAGCUCUAUAGUGAUCUCACUCAGUUUUGAUUACUGACUCCAAAAUUCGUGCUAAAGUUGAAACCAAGGGAUUCAUUCCAUCAAUACACAAAAAUUAUAAAUAUUGCAUUUCUCUUAAAAAGUUGGCUUAUCCAUUCAUUAUAAGUAGCAUUUAUGAAAAGAAAAAAAAACAACUAAAAUAAAUACGACAUAUCAUUAUAGCUUUAAUUUCUUGUAUCACUAUUGUCAGCAUAUCAUAAGAGUCAUAAGUAAACUGAAGAGAAUACAGAACUUUCCGCAAAGCCAGAAAACUGAAAACCCUCUUCCUUGAGAAAAAAAAAAUUUUGUAAGAAAAUGUAAUAUUGAAUAAUAUUGAUUACAUUUCUUCGGAAAAUUAUUUGCGUUUGAUUCUGUAUCGAUAUCAUAACUGAAAGAGUAAUUUACAUAGCCUUGUUUAAUUUUUAAAUGUGUUUCUUCUCUAUCCGUGUCUUCUUAUGUCCAAUGUUUUUCGCAAAAUUUUAUGUCUGACACCUGAGACCAACCAUUUCCUUGACUCUAUUUGGCGAAACUUUGUUUAAGUUAUAUGCGUGAUUCUCAUUCACGCAAAUGGAAUAUUGGCUGAGAUUUAUUACAUUUUUAAGAGGCACAUGUACGCGUAUCAAAACAGUCGCUUAGUGCGUUGGUGAAGAUGCUAACGAUUUAGCUCUUCAGGAAGGUCUGUAAAUGCUGAAAGAAAAAAAAAGUUUUUCCGAAAAGGUUUUACCUUGUAGCUCUAUGUGCCCAUGCAUCAGAGGUAAGCCUUUAUAUCACAGUGAAAGCUAAGUAUAGGGCGUAGUACUAUAAAGUGGCCCUAUGCAUUUGAGUUUCUGACCACAAUACUCGUAGUAAUCAAGCAGUCGUCCUUAAAUCGCAUAGCUUAUUUUAAGUGGCUACAAUUACUUUAUUAGUACAUUACUGGUCAUAUAGUUGGGUUUAGCUUCCCAGGCACUCAAACAAUUAGAACCAUAUAUUGCCUAGUUUCUAAAUGGGCUUAAGGCUGUGAAUAUUUUGCAUCCCAACCGACACAGUUUACAAUAAGGCCCUUUGCUUAAUUAAUGAGACUUCUUUGAGUUGGGGGGUGAUAAACACUGCUUUGUUUUUUCUUGUCUUAAGGCAAAAAGUUGAACUUAUUUAGUAGAACCGAUUUGGAGUCGAUCAAUAUUAAUUAAGAAGAGCAUUCUUAUCGAGUCAAAUAGCAUUGCUUUCUUAUCGCGGAAAGAUGAUAGUUAUUUUAAAAGCAUAUUAAAACUUAGAUGCGCAGUCAACAAUCAUUACAAUGAAAUUUGUUUAAAACAUUUCCCUACAUGAGGCCUCAUAUUGUCUUUACAAUACCAAUAGGCCAAAUUACCAAAGCGUUAUGAUCUACUGCUUUUUUUCCCACGAGAGUAAAGUUCGUAAACGGUAAGCGAUUUCGGCGUGCAUUCCAGAAGUAUUUUUGCCGGUAACCAGCAAAGUUUCCAAAAUAUUUCAAGGAUAUGAUUUGCAUGUCGCUCAUUUAUCAUUUGGUUUUGCUUCAGCACUAUGAACCGCGUAGGUUUAACGUCAGAGAUUCGCAGAAUUAAGAUCGCUUGCAUGUAUAGCGACGACUGCGGUAUUAAGAGAGAUUUUCCAUGUCCUGUCCAAUUACUGUAAAAUGUGUGACACAAGACUCCGAUAAAAGGGGGUUCCUGAAGCGGGUUUCGGGUAGCCUGUGCCAGGCUCUCAGAUAGUAUAUAUAGUGCGGACGUAUUAAAACGAGCAAAGCGAAAAUAAGACGCGCGCGACUUGGGAAAGGGGGCGGUGGCGGUGAGAAAAAUGUCUCUCCCCAGCCCCCGCGUGUUUUUCCCAUUUCUUUUUACUGAACGACUUUUCACCACUAUCUCGGAGCCUGGAACAGGCUAGGUUUCGAUGAGGACUUGGCUUGAAAAAAACACGAAAAAAGGGGGAACUGGGAGCGAGAUUCCGCCUUCGGGAUCAGUUUUAUAAUCGAUUUUUUCGAAACUGGUUUCCAGGUGAUUGGCUAAAAACUCUCCCGCCACUUUUUGAACCAAUCAGAAGAAAGAAAUCGAAAAAUAACCCACGAGUUCUAAUUAACUUAGUACCAGAUAGCGUGUGUUAAUCAGAGCAAUAAAUUGUAUUUUCCAGAGUUAACAACGAAGAAGUAUUUACUCAUUUUUUGUAGCAGUCUCACCAAGUACGUUGACGGCUGUACAUGUGUAUGUCUUCAGAAGUUUUUCGGUUACUUAUCGACUGAGUCUGAACAUUUCUCAAAAUAAUUAAGUUUGUCUAUACUACCCUGGACGUGCUUUCCUUGGACUCUGAUAACUAGCCUCGUUCCCAUGGUGAAAGUGACGUAUGACCCCAACCUCGUUACCAGGGCGUUUUCCUUCUAUUUUUAAGGACGGGCCCUGGUGACGAGGUUAGUAUGACCCUGUAGCAUGGUACGAAGAAAAAAAACACUUCGUUUAUUAUCUACCGACUAAAGUGGCCGAUUAAGGACAAAACAGAAUACCGACGCUUCUGGCACCACAAGUUCUCGUGAAAAGAAGGACCCCCUCUGGGUUGGUUUGUUUUCCCAUUGCCGGAAAGUCUUUUUUAAAAAAUAGUGGUCCAACUAAACGUUAUCAAUUUCCGAGUCUAGUUCACUGUCUGAGUCUGCGCUAGCCAAAUCAAAUAUUUUUAACUAAAAUUGUUCAACCAGGCCGUUUCAACUGACGAGGCGUCAGUUAAUGGUUAACUGACCAACGAAUCACAAUGAGUAUAAUUAAAAGCCGACAUAUGGGCUGAGUGAAUUAAUAUUUCGAAUUGGGUAGGCAUAUUUUGAUGUCGCGACUUCUUAAAAACGCUUUGAAACAUUUUUUAUCUUGUUUCAACAGAAGUUCAGGCACAUAUUCUCUCAAUUAAUUUGUUGAUAGAUUGUAUUAUGAUCUUGUGGGACCUACUUAGCCUCUGUUCUAGACUCCUAGACAAUAGUGAUGAUUUCCUUCAAUAGAUCUCCUUGUCCGAAUGAAACUCCCAUAUUGUAGACCUAUAAUGAAUAUGGGAUGUGCAACGUGUUGUUUUUCCCUCCCGGACAGACACUCCUUUCCUGUUUCCAGCAAAUGUUAUGUCUUAGAGUUUAAAACUUGUUUUUCUUCUUCCACGUUCACGGAUAUUGCCUCUUAUAAUAACAAACAACAGAAUGUAAAAGCCGAUUCUACGUUAUCAGUUCAGCAGUUCUGGUAAUUUCUCAAAAGAUGUUUACCAAACUGUCUUUUUUUUCUUCGGAGGUCCACAAUUGUUGAGUGAUAAAAUCAACAGCGCAUGUAACUGUGAUUUGAGAAAAAAAAAACGUGAAAGGAAACGAUUCGUUCUUUUUACGACCGGAUAUAUUCAAUUCUUUUUUGUGGCUGUUUUCCAUUUUUAGACUCCGGGAAAACAUAGAUAAGACAGUCACGUGACUUCCGUUACUAGUGAAAACGCCUGUUUUCAUUUCUGAACAAGAAGUAACAAACAAAUUUGUGAAAAUAACCAGGCAUGCACUAUCAGAGUUAGAAUAAGAAAGGUACUUAAUUAUUUCAGCCGUCAAUGUGAAAAAAAUUAUCGUGUAAUAUAUAUGUAUAAAUGUAUAGAGCAUGUAUAUCAUGUAAAGUAUUGCCCCCGUUAAUUUUGAAUGGUCAUUCACACUUUAAAAUUUCCAGACUAAAAACAGCUUGAACAACAAAAUAGACUGUACUAAGGGAAGUAAAGAUAAUUACAGUUGCUUCAAUUUGAAUGUUCCCUUUUACGUUUUGGUCGUGUUCGAGAACUAACAUCCAAGAAAUUAAGGUUGUCUCUAUAAUGUGAAGAACAAAGUACUCGCGACUGAAAGACAGUCCGGCGUUUCUGCAUUGCUAUUUCUCUCCACUAAAUCAACGUUUACUAUCUCCUGGGAUGCUUCAAGAAUUUACUAUCGAAAUGCUGUGCGAUAUAUGUAAAACAAAUAGAGCCCUUGAAAUGGUUUGUGGUUUAUAAAGGAACUAUACAUGUCAGUGUGGCGAAGAACUUUAUUCCCUGACUGUAUUUGAGUCAAUUAAAUUUAGAUAGUUGUUACGAAGACUAAUUAAAAUUAAUGAAAUAUGAAUUCUUUACGAACAGAAACAGAAGAUCUUUGAAAAUACGGCAAAUAUUUGAUUUUUAAAACUUUAAGGGAUAGCUCCGUUUUUCUUAGUCACAGUAAGUACUCUUGGUUUGUUGAUUGGCAGACAUGCACAUGUAGAACGUGCUUUAGCAUUAUAAAUUUGUCACUAUUUUGGAAGUUGCGAACAUGUCCUUCUGUGUAAACCUUCCUUACUGUCUGUUGUCCCAGUAAGUAAUCUUGGCUUAUUGAUUGGCAGACAUGCACAGGUAGAACGCGCGUUAGCAUUAUAAAUUUGUAACUAUAUUAGAAGUUGCGAACGAACUGUCCUUCUAUGUCAGCCUUCCUUACUGUCUAUACACGGUAUGAAUUUUCCAAAAUUGUGCGGUUUUUUUCAAAAAUCGUUAGAGUUAAAUUUUGACAAGGUGGCUUUUGGCUGAAUUCCCCUGAUUUGAAUUGAGCAGAUAAUGAAGAUUACAUUGGUACAGUACAACCAGGCUAAGUUGUUAGUGAUAGAGUGUCCUAUCAGUGUACAUAUUUGAACGCUUUCAGGAAAUAGCUGUCGCUCUAACUAAUGGCUACAGUAACAGGUCCUAUGGAAUACCAAACUAACUUCGUUUGCUUUUUCCUACAAAGGCUUUUCCGGUAUUGUGAAAUGUUUUGGGAACUUAGACAACAACGUCGAAGAAAAACUCAAAAUAUUGAUUUGUUUUCGUCAUUGUUUCAGACAAGUUCUCUGUGAAACAUAAUAAACGAUACCAUGAUGCAAAAAAGGAACAAAGAAACAAUGAAUUUCAAAACAGAAGAAAACAUUUAAAAAUAGAAACUACAGUAAAGUUAGUUUAUUUCUUCAUUUCUUGUUUAGUACAAACUGUUACAUUUUUUCAAUUGAUUAUGUACAUUCUCUGUACACACAAAAGUCUUUUUUUUUUUCCAUUGGAACAAAGGAAUCCUCCAGGAGGGCUUUUGCUGGUUUUCUACCAUUUUUACAGAGUAUAAUCCCUAGAAUGGUUUUGGUCUAAGAAAGUUUGUAACUCACUGAUUUGGAUAUAUAUAUUUAUUUCUUUUCGGUGGCGUGGUGAGAUUUAUCUUGUCAGAUUCAGGUUUUAGAUAGUACGAAGAAUAUUUCUAGAUAUUCUUUUUGCAGCUCUUUAAACAAAGGCGCCCUAGUGAGCGUUUUAAAAAAUAAACUAGUGCCAUAAUUAAAUCUCUCUUGGAGAAAAUUAAAGAAAAAAUUGAAGAAUAAAAGGACACAAUUCAGCGACAAUUUAAUUUACUCAAGGGAGCGACUCACAAUUAAAAGUGAUCUGGAUCAAAAUUACCAAAUCAGAUUUCUUCCCUUGUACAAUUAAGGUGGACUACACGUAAUUAAUUUUGCACUUUGAAAAGUAAACUUUGACCGGCGUUUCGGCCAUUUCGGCGCACAAUGUUUGCUUUUCACCGCGAAACACAAUCGAGGUCGCAUACAUCAACAACAAAGAAUUGUUGACAAUUUGUAAAUACUCGCAGUCUGCAAUGUGGCGCCGAAACGCCUUUCAAUCAUAUCAGGUCUGUUUUUGCAUAGCUAAUGCGACGUGUUUAUUAGUUAGCAGCGUCGCGACGGUAAAAAGCGAACGUUACUUUGUAAUAGCCUGGAAUAAAGAACGCACGCGUGGAUUCGUGAUAUAGGUCCAGUUUGCGUUGGAGGCACUUUGCGCGCAGGAAAGGUAAGGCUAAGAAGGAAACCUUGUUUCCGUUGCAGAGGAAACUGAAUUCCUUUCGGGGAUAAAUCGCAGCUUAGGAAACGGUGCUUGUAAUCACCUGAGAUUUGAUUUGACCCUCAAUCGUUUAUGGGGGCAACCUUCAGAAACAUCUGCCACUCUGACAGAGUCAGGUUUCGUUCACUUUAAAAAUUACUUUGCGGUCAACACAGCUCUAAGCCUGCGAUCUUGUUGUUGCUUUUUUUAUGCAGGAGACUUUGGAUGCAUUUGACAGUUUACCGGGCUCAGGGUCUCUUCGUACGGUGGGGACGCAAAGGAGCAAAAAAAGGGUUGUGAGAGCGGAAUUAUCAGUUAAGAGAUUGGUAAGUAACUUACUUUCAGCGCGUUUUGCGCACGCUAAAUGAAAAAGUUAUGCUUAUUAUGAGCGCUUGAUUUUAAACUCACUAUAUAAACUUUUGCGGUCACAAGCUUCAUAAUAGUCCAAUCUUGUUGUAGUGUAUUUCAAUCACAAAGCACAGCAAGAAUAAAUUGGUCUAUUCAUUGACGAUCAGUAUCAAAAGCACUGCGCCGAUUGCGCUAUUUUUAAGCUGUUCUUGAUAAGGAAAUUGUCCUAUGCGUCCACGAAGAAGCACGAUCUGCUUUAAGAUUUAGAAGUGUGCAAUUCCGUUUUGAAACCAAUGUUUGUCGUGGAUUUAAUACCCACUUUUGGCUUCCUCCGUGUUUUAAACUCAUGAAUAUGUAAUAAUUGAAAGCUUUAUUAAUUGUAAAAUCAAUAGCUAAAAGUUUCAGAAGGAAGAAGGUAUUUUAAAGUCAAACUCUUGGGUGUUUUUAAGGUUUAGUUGAUUGCAGAAGGUACAGUUUUCGGUUCUUAGAUUCGGACAGGUCGUUACCCUCUUUUAAGCGAUGUGCAGUUGUGUGUUCUACGUUUAAGGGAAAUAAGUAAUAUUAAUCUCAAUUGAGAAAACAUAUGUGUUUUUGUAGGCAAUAACAUACACAGUAUUGAAUGAGCUGUGACCCUCAUUCGAAGUGGUAAUCAAUUGAAUUUAUUUUACCAGCGGGGCCAUAUUCACACUAGUUUAAAUAAAGAUUGCUCCCCCAAAUCGACUCUGUAAAAAUCCUGGUUUAUGACGGUCAUGGGCGAUUUACAUACUUAACAUAAUGCGUUGAAAGAUGAAAUUGGUAAUAAUUCUUAAAGCAUUAUUUCAAUUUGGUAAACGCCCAAUAAAAUCUUUGUGAGGUCAGCCAACAACUCACAAACUCUCAACUCCGCAGGAUUUAUUGCUUGUUUUUAGGCUUUCUUUUAACAUAAAUGGCCAGGUCAAUGAAUUUCUCCGACUCUGUUUUGUUUAUCAAUGGUGAACAAGCUAGGAGGCCAUCGUAACUUAACACUAAAGGUCAAUAUUGGGAAAAAGAAAUUCAGAAAGCUGUACCUUAAGUUGUCAUCGAGUAACAGUAAUGACUUUGAAUUACAUCGACUUUAAAUGGGGAUAGGAUGAUUAUUUUACCAAAGAAAGUGAUGUUUUUGGAGCGAUUCAAUAAAUAUUUUAGUAACUCCUAGUUAAGCAAGCGCACGGGCGUUUGCCAUGAUUGAAAAAGCUCAGAGUCAGAAGUCAUUCCGCCAUUCGAUUCUGAUGCGCAAAACUUGGGCAUCCCAAACGUUUUAUUAUGCAGGCACGCAGCGCUCGCACGCAGCUAGUUAAGCGCAAAACGACUUUAUAUAUAUUUCCCAUAACAAAAGUCUAUCCAGUAACUGGAAAGACUACUUAUAUUGUCAACAUAACGAUUUAAUUCUGUGACACACGCAGCUAUAACUGAAAUAAGUCAUAUAUCAUUUCAAGUCAUCGUUGUUUUAGGACAUGCGACAGAAUACUGUAUUUGACGGUCAGUGGCUUGUUUUAUAGUGGGCUUAGUUUUAAUAUCCUUUUAAGGCUGAGCAAAAGCUACUCCAUAGUACUUUGAGACGUGAAAGAAACCUUUAUUCAUGGCCGAGCUAUCUUUCCGACUUCUUGUUAUCGAUUAGACACUUUUGCCGCUUUCUUUAGCCUUUGACAGUGAAAAAUAGAAAUCACAUUCCGCGCUUUUCAAUUCGUUUAUCGCUAGAUGAAAUUCUGAUAAGGGCGUUGAUCAUCCAGCCUAAAAAUAACCAUUUCAGUGGAUCGUCACGUCACUACAGGUUUUCAAAUAUAAUCUCUGCCUGUUUUAUAUGACCGAGUUUAAAAUUAAUUACUAGUUUCAUAGUGAACAGUUCUCCUCUUUUAGAACUGUUAAGUAAGAAAGCGCGUCUUUUUUGUAACAAAGUACCAACGAAAUGUUGCUUUUUUAAGCAAAUGUACCUCUUACUUUAUCAGUCCAUCCAUGAAAUACAUACAAUUGUCAUAAUUAAGGCAACCUAGGUUAGUUUUCUCCCGUUUCGUAGCCUUUAAACCAUGUAAAAUUUUAUCGAAAGGUCAAAUACAUUUUCAUUUCACUCGACAGCCUGUUCAAGGUCAAUCUCCCCUUCAUGAAAUACAUUUAAUAGUUCCGUCGUCGUUUAUCCUUGUUUAAGGGAAAUUGAAUUAAGCGCCCAAGUGUCUAGAUCUCUCUUAAAAAAUCAAGCUCCUUUUGUCUCAGUAUUUCCGCGUAUAUUCCUGUUACAUCAAAGUUAUCCGUUAAUUAAAUUUGCGAGCCCUUCUGACUUGGCGUGGGUCAACAGUUCGAUUCCUAUUUUAUAUCAAGCGCAGGGCGUAAAAUUUUAUUUUAAUUUCUUUAUCCUACCCUGAAGUUAUUUAACGUUUUCACAACAAACUGCAAAAGUAUAUGGUAGAUUUGCUUCCCUCUUAAGAGUUAGGAAAUGCUCGAUUUCCUCUCUUUCAGAAAGAAAUUAAAUUUGCCUUUGUGCUUAUUUAUCUUUCCGCGGUUUAAACUCGUACACAAGGAUUUCCAUAAGCUUGGUUUACCGCAAAGGAAAUACAUUGAAGUUUUCCAUUUUAUAGGAGCCACUUUUAAUUUUAAAACAUGUGGAACAAAGGACUUUAAGUAAUCGCCAACCUUGCUACAUUCCCAAAUUUCGUCGAUCUUUUCUGUGACAAAAAAACCUUUGAUGUAAGAAAAUGUAUGCUCCUACUUAUCAAAGACAAAAAGUUGUUUCCCGGUCACAAAGCCCGAGAUGAUAUCUGAAAAUAUAUCUUAAUUCCAUGUUCGUAAGCCGAUUACGACAAAAGGAUCAAAACAUCGAAAACUAACAUGAAAAAUUUUCUAAUAAGACUGUAGAUUGAAAUAACAUUUGCCAUCACGUUGUGAAAUACCUCGAUAAAUUAGAGCCCUUAAUACAAAUUAACUAGAAAUACUGUGCGGUAUUUCAUAGGAAGUCGAAAAAUUCCUUUGCUGUUGUUCAGGUUUUCCCAAGAACAGAUGAGCCGCAUAAGUUAUGAAACCGAGCGGCCUUUUGGCGCUCACCGGCACAUCCUACUUUGUUGCGUAUAUAUUGGCAUAUUGUUUUAACCGGAUGUGGUUCACCGACGGUUCAAGAAAUGCUAGAAACUACAGAUGAUAAACUGGAGACAAAGCGGUUAUAUAUGCAGUCAUGUGCAGUGGACUCAAAAACCGAAGGUCAGAUUGGUUAUCACGCUUUUUAAUAACCUACGCGAUCUGGCUCGUUUGUUCCAGAUUCGUCAGGUAUGGACGGCCUAAAGGAAACAAACCAACUCAAGUUUUAUUUCGAGCUCGUUUCCUCUUAGUACCUGGAAAAACCAAGUUUGGUAUAAUGUAGAGAAGGGAGGGAGAAAAAGGGGAAGGAAAAGUUAAAUCUAUAUAUCCUUUUAACAAAGGGAAAGCCCGAAAAAACCCGAAAUAUUACAAUAAGCGAAAAAACAAAAAGAUUCAAAACUUAAAUGCAAUGAAAUUAUGACCAAUAAAUAGUACCACUCAAAAAAAGAGCUUGUCAGGUUUUAUUUGAAUGGUCAAAUAUAACAAUAAGUUAGUCAAAAGUUAGAACUACGCUGUUCGCCUCUUGAACGAAGAGGGUUGUCUAUGGCUGCACUGUACUCGCUCUUACACUGUUGUUAUGUAAUUGAACAAAUCCAGAAUUAACUGAUGUUUAGCACAUCUGCAUUAUAUCAUGACCACAAACCUCCCCGUGAAAGAAAAAUCAAUUUAAGGAUAAGGACUGAUCUGACCUUUUAAUUUGGGUUGUUUCAACCGCGCCAAAUAUUUAGACAGUGCCUCUUACUUGGACAACGUGCUCAUCAUGGUAAGGACUCACUGAGGGUUUACUUUGCAGCUUCUUAUUUUCCUUAUAGCAAACGUAAAAAUUAGGCAUUUAUCUAAAUGGAGUGCUCAGGUCUUACUAAACUUUGAAAGUACAAUGUGCCAAGACAAAAAAGAAGGAAUUGAACAUAGUGGUUAGUGUACUCAGUUCAUUAAUAAACAGCGGCAUAGAAAGUGUUCGUGUCUUUUUGAGAUCUGCCAGUGUUUCCGCGCACUAUACGUUCUCCUCAAAUUGCAAACAACUUGUUCAUUAUCUUUAUCAUCGUGACCCGAAAAACGUUGUUUUGUACAGAAAAAUAUAAUUAAAAACAGUUACGUUACGUCUAACGGAAACGCCAAAUCAGUUUCUUGCAUCUCACUCAUACAUAGUUUACGCCUGCAAACUAACAUCUUUAACUCAUGAAAUGCCUUCAUAUAAACCUCGAUAAAUACCUACAUAGCUAGAAAUACGAGAAAGUGACAAUAAACGCGCUUAAAAAACAAGUCUGACUUGUUAAAGGAUUUUUUAACCACAAUCGGCUCAAGUGGAUACUACUCAUUAUCGAAUUUGCGAAAGAGCUGACCUUUCAAGUGGGUGGGUAGGGAACUUGGGGUCUUUCCAGCCUACCUUGCCAGCUACACUUGUAGCAUGACAAACAGCUUGCAGUCUUUUUGUCGCCGGUAAGAGAUCACCCAAGAGAGUCUUGUAUUCAGGAUUCCACGCCGUGGAUUCCGGAUUCAAGGUACUGGGAAACUUGGAUUCCGGAUUCUAAUUUUUAGUGGGAUUCCGGAUUCCUUGAGCUGUAUUCCUGAUUCCAAUGGAAAGCUCCGAAUUGUGGAUUCCACAAGCAGAAAUUUAGGAUUCCUGAUUCCACAAGCAAAAAUUUUCUUGGAUUCCGGAAUUUGUAUUCCCUCACAUAAGGCGAAAGAGAGUUGCAAGGCAAACUGGCAAUAGCUCAUUGACAAGAGGAAACUACUUAUUUGCUACAUAGACGGCUUACAGUUUCAAUCUGACUCAAAACGAACCGAGCUGACAACCAAACGGAGUGCGUUUCACUGCCUUGAAAGUUCUUGAACAAUUCGUUAUUGAGAGGCGCAGUUGUUUGACCAUUCAUAUGACAUUUUCGACAUCUUAAUUUGAGUAGUCUGUAAGUACUGUUGCCAAAAUGACUAAUAUUUUAAACAUAUCAGCUUUUCAGGAAUGAGGCUUGAGGUUGAUGUAGUUACAACAAAGGCAAACAAUCAGUCAGCGCUUGCAGAAAACAAAGAAUAGACCUUUUUACGGGUUUUUUUUUUCAACUUUUGACAUGCGGGACAAGUUAGGGUAAAUCCGUAGACACCACUGGAAAAAGCGCCUUCGUAUUAGUAAAAUUUCCAAAUUUGAACGUGAUUCGUCACUACCGAGCGUAGAUAUAGCUCAGCAAAGUUAGGGAAAAUUUACAGACGUUUUCAUGGUGGGGGGCAAGUUUGUGACCCCCCCCCCCCGUCCCUGCCCCCACCAUCACCAUACAAACGUCUGUAAAAUUUCGCAACUUUGAGGAGCUCAUCUUCUUCUAGUAGUUUUGAACAAAUUAAUUUCUAACCGUAAGCAGUUUUAUUAAUCUUAGGGCGCUCUUUUCAUCCGCGUCGACGGAUUUUCCCUUACUUGUCCAUGUCAAAAGUUGAAAAAAAAAAACGUGAAAAAAGGUCUAUUUCUUAAACCGUGUAGAAAGUUCGAGAAAUGAAUAUUUCACAAGCCUGGGAUACUUAAAUUUCAAAAUUUGCCGAAUGAUGAAAAACGGCACAUUAUCUGUCAUGUAAAAAUUUAGCAACUGAGCAUUAUAGGUUUCUAGCCGGCACUCCCUAGAAACAGAUGGCUUUCUUUUCCAAGACUCUAGCGUGAAGAACGUUUUUUUACAUUAACAGGUUUUAAUUCUGUUUCGUUCCGGCAAAUCACUGAGUUCGAUAGGAAAAACUUCCUAAGUGAUUCAUUUACGAAAUUAGAGAGAAAGGUGAUACAAGUUCUUUGUAAUAACGACUUUUUUGGCCAAUUCAACAGCCAAAAGAAUCUUUUUUGUUUGUCUACGAGAUCAGUUUUUUUUUAACAUGAUCGCCUAUAUCCAUAACAUCAGUACUGAAUAACAUGAAAAAUUCUGCGUGGGCUAAAGUAACUAAGGUUUACAGUGAAGAAGCUACUUAACUUGAUAAAACAAACUAAAUAUAUCAAUGGGGAUUAAGCAGAUGAAAAUUUCUGACACUUGAACACUGUACUUUUGACAUUUUGCGAUUUUAUCAGGUAAAAAAAGACACUUUAAGUGAAAAUGCCUCCAAAAGUUUACGACGCAAAAUUUUCUGUGUGCUACAAUCCAGGAGACAAUUAAGUGAGUAAUCAUAUCUUCUUUACCAUUUCCGAUUGCUCUUGAUUUUUGUCACUUUUAGCUUCAAGGAAAAUGCUCUUCAUAUAAGCAUUGAAUCGCAACUAUCAUCUUUUUCAUUUUACAAGGGUAUUAAAGAAGUCUUGAGUCUGCGGAUGAAAUUCUGGAGUGUUAACCAUUAUUCAAACGAAAGUCACUAACCAGUAUGUUCCUAUGUUCCUGUUAAGGAUGUUGUGCCAAGUCUCUAACUUCUAAGUUUGCGAAUAAAAUCCUUACGUUUGACCAUUCAAUUAUGACACCUAUUGAGCAGUGCUGUCAUCAUUGUGGUAUUGCAUUUUUUGACUCUGUAGAUGAAAUCACGCUUGAAAAUUGGUCAACGGGAUGCUAAACCAGUGGUCAAACCUUUUUAUAUAUCUGACAGAAGUGCUACUAUUUAUUCAAUCAACUUGCUAUUUUUUUAGUUUUGCAGGAUACAAACGAAAAUAGAGGUUUUAUCCCUUCUGGAAUAUACAUUUUUAACCCCGAAGUGCAGAGUCCACUAAAGUUAAAAAUGUCUUGCUAAGUUGUUCUGUAAGUUAUCGUCUAGCCGAGUCAAUGACUUAAGAACAUUAAAUCCAGUCAGAGUACAUAACUGAGAUGUCUGACUCUUAUGUAAUUUGUUUUCAUUCGUUCAUCCUUUAGUUUAUCUUUUGUUGAUGGCCAACGCUGGGCUGGUUGUUAGGUUUAAGAUGCUGGUAGACAAGCCCAAGUGGUGUUAGGCACCAAGAAUCCUCUCAAAAGCAACAUAAUGGCCCAGUAAAGCGCUAUAACUAUGCAAGGAAGCCUUCUAGAAAACAUGGACAGCUAAAAUUAGUCAAGAUUAAGACAGAUUAUAACAAAGAAAAUUCCAAUUGUACGUCAGUUUGCCCCGAAACUUUUCAAAGUUGAAUGUCUUGGGAAGACAAUAGAUCAGUGCUGCUCUCCAUCUACCGAUGUUAUUAAUUAGUCAGUGAAACGUCGUAUAUAUAAUUAAUCUCACUUUUUAAUGCUGAAAAUAUUUUGCACAUCUAUGCCAUUGUGAAAGGAAGGUACCAUUCUGAUCUCGAAACUUUUGUGUUAUCAAUUUUAAGACAUGGGAAAGUAUCACAGCAACUGAAGUUCUACGCAUUUUUUGGAACAUUGAAUUCUUUGCGAUGUACCUCGUGAUGUUUGCAAACAAACAUGAAUUAUUUGUGUUCUCUUAGAUAAGACAGAUAUAGACAGGGAUUGCCAAUUUUAAGGUGUGGUACUGCGUUUAAAUAUUUGUUUGACUGAGUCAUGUUUUGUCAACGUCCUUUUUUUGCUUAUGUCCUGUAAUCCUUAGGCGCGAGUUUUUAUCAGUUAAUACCUUUUCACGCCAAAUUUAUAAGUGACGACAGACGUUAUUGUACAGUGAAGUAAAAAUCUUGAUUGCGAGUACGUGACGAUUCAUUAUACGGGCUAUUUUGAUUGGGUUUUCGCGCUAAGUACUGCAGAAGUACUUUCCGGGCAAUGUAGUAUGGGUUUUCAACUUGGUGCAAUUGCAGUAUAGUAUUAUAACAUUAUUGCGUGCAAGCUGAAGAAAGCUGUAUUAACUUAUGCCGCUGUCGCCAUUCCGACUGUAACAAAUUUAAAAGCUGGAAAGCGAUCUUAAAGAUUCUUUGUUCCUGAAAUUAUUGAAAAAAGGGUUAGUGAAAUUUCCUUCUUCUAUUCAGUAGUAGACUUAGAUCUAUAUGGUGAUUCUGUGUCCUAAAAUGCAUAGUCCAAUAUUUCAGUAUCCUUACACAGACAAAAAUACGACUUCAAUCGAGUUCAGGAGACAGGAUUCAUAAUAUAACGGUUAUAUUUUGUAUUAAAAAAGGGAAACAGCUAUACUGUGGUUGGUUGCCCUGAAAGAAUUACUGCUUGCUAUUUUUUAUUAUCAUAUCGAUUACAGUGGAACCUUGAUAUAACGAACCGCUAUAUAACGGAGUCCUCGGUAUAACGAACGAUUUUCUUGACCCCAGUAAUAGUAAAUUAUAUGAAAAAGUACCUCGAUAUAACGAAACGUCGUAUUAUAGCAAACAAAUUUUGCCAGUUCCUUGGCACUUCGUUAUAUCGACGUUCGACUGUAGUGCAAAAAGAAAAAAAAACGCAAAAUUUACCUGUUCUCAAUUUUCGGGUCAGGUCACAGCUAGUCCUUUUCUGCACGUUUUCAAAAUUAGCGGCCCUUAAGUCUUAACUUCAACGAAAUCGAGCCUAAUCCGUUUCCAAUUUUCUGCCUUUGCUUUUGCUGUUUUUAUGAACGCGGUUUUACACAUAAGAAAAAAAUUGUCUUCUCUUUACGCGGCUUGCACUGACAACAACAGCGACAAGGAAAGAUGUUUUCUUAACGGUUGGGGUUAAGAGUACUAAACCGUCAAACGGUUAGGGUAGUAGGAGAUCGCACUGCCCUACGAAACUUCUUGUGGUGUAACAAACACACUCACGUAAUCAUGAUACAUUUCAAGCCGGUUUGCUUUUCACUGGUACUCCAAAAGACUUCUUAUUCAAACAACACAGUAAACGAAGUUGCUUUAAAUGUAUAACAACCAAAGCCUAUACGUAAAAAGGGUGCUUAGCCGAAAGUCCCCCGGACCUUACUAUUACGGUGAUUUUGUCUUUUUUCUCUCGGCCAUAAAUGUAGAGAAAUAUACUUAGCCUUUUUGGAAAUUCUUAAUUUGAAGAUUGCCGUUCAACUCCGAGCAGUCGCACGAGUGAAAAGACUUAACUCAGUACAAGAUGCCCCACUUGUACUCUUAAGUGUAACCAUUCAAAGUAAUAAAACUAGUCUGGCAGUUUUCUUUACCAGAGUCAUUUGUUUGGCGCUGCAUUUUUCCUAUUAAUUUUCAUUUCAAUCUGUCCUUUCUGAAGUGAUGCACACCGUCCACUUUAAGAUGAGAGUGUGUAAAUCUUUGGCCACUAACGAGGAUUUUACGAUCUUUUUCCAAUUAGGAAUGUGUUAAGCUAUUAAAGUUUGCUUGUUCUAAAUAUAACUUAUCGAAGUGAUUAGACAUUAGCUUAGAACAAGUGCUUGCUAAAUCGAUUUAGACAUGACAGAAGUUGCAUUGUUUCUCCUCAAUAAAAUCGUGAUUAGAAUAUGCACACCAUUAAUUAGUCAAUUAGAUUAAUCAAAGAUUAGUUAAAAUUCUGCGAACUAUGUCUUGUUUUUCAGUAACUUAACGACCCGAAUUAAAUUAAAACCACGAUUUUUGUUGAUAUUUUCAGACCAAAAAACACUAUCAGUAAAAAUAAUCGUUAAUCAUCCGAAAAAAUAACAGAGACCUGCAUCGCGUGCGGUUUUGAAACAGCAGUUCUCUGUUGUUGACUUUAACUGAUAACCAUCACAGAUCUGACCAGAGUUAGGGUAAGUGCUGUUGUUAAGACCUCGAUGGCAUUGCCACGAAAAUGCUUUACGCUAAUAGCAUAGAGAACAGAAAGGUGGUCUCAGAGGCACCAAGAAACACCCACGCACCAUAAACAGCACGGCAUGUACAUGUAGCUAACUGUAUCGCUGUGGUUACACUUUAGGAAAAUCAAAAUAAUAAAAAAAUGUUGUCAACUGUUUCACAUUACUAGAAAGAUCCAAAUUUUAUUUUGUUUAAUGCUGAAAAGUGAAUGGCCGUUUGCAAUAGUACUGCGUAACACGUUUCACUUAAAUGGUCAACUCGUUGGAUUUUCAAGAUCCAUACACCAAAACACUAGAAUUCACUGAUUCUUGAUUCUAAAUUUGGGAAUGCCGGUAUCAAGGGUUAAGUGCUCUUAAAAGGUCGACUCAAAAAGGUAAACAGUCUCGCUUCCAAGCUACUUAAUUUGAGCAAAGAUCGGUAAAUACAGUGUUAUACGUUUGGAAAUGACAAUGUUGGGUAGCGACCAGAUUAUAAGGAGCAGCCAACGAAGGAAUUUCUUCCCAAGUGAUUAUACAAGCGGGCCUAGGCUUUCUUGGAAUCCUUAAAUCUACGUGGGCAUUUCUGUCUUGCACUAAAAAAGACUAAUUUCCUAAGCUGAACACUCCGCGGAACUGAACCGUUUAUGUAAUUGCAUGAAGGUGACACUUAAAAUUCGAAAGCACAUCCUUGUAAAGCGACUCUACUGGAAUGAAAAGGUGAGCACUGACUUGCAAUUUAGUUUUCUUUUUUGCGUACGUGAUGCACUUUUUUUAAUGAUAACGAGAAAGACGUUCAACGAUCUAGAUGACGCCAUUUAUUUAGUUUGUCAGUUCGAGAUGUGUCUGAAGAUACAACAUUAAGUAUAGCUUUUGUCAGAAUAUAUAGGCAUGCAACACGUGCAAGCUGUGCUAUGAAACUGGCCGCCGCUAUCGUUGCUUUUAAAAACUUUUUAGGGAAUACUGAAAGGCUUUGCGCAAAAUAAUUAUAGAGCCUACACACAAAAAAAAUCCCGCGUUUCCUUUUAUCAGUAGCAAUUAAUCCACGUGCUCUCCUAACCUUGCUUCCGGCGGAUUUUAAGUGCGUUCAGGCCGAGUCAAUUGUGGCAAGCGGAGCUCAAGGCGGCUUGAAAGCCGCUGUUUUACUACCGAUUGCAAACAUCCGUAGCGGUUGCGCACUCACGUGCUUCGCAUGCGAAAAUUUACACUUUCGGCGUGUCGCGAAUUAGUAGCAGUGAUUUUAGGUGUAAGAAAAGACGAUUGUUUUCCAGUCUUCUGUUUCGCAGGCUAUCCGUUUUCCUACUUGGAACGAUAUCAAAAACUGCAAAUUUUCAAUGCAACUGAUAUAGCGGUUUUUAAUGCCUGAUUAGUGCCCAGCUUUGCGAAAAAUUGUGCUAAAUAUCCGUGUAAUUGAAUUAUCGUUUUUAUCUCUGCGAGUCAGGUGGAACGUUUUUGAAAUUAUGGUUUAAUCUGAACCAAAUUGCAAACACUGUUGCCACUCUUAGUGCUAGGAACUGCGGGAAAUGUUACAAAAAGUUUAGAAGUUGCUUGACCGUUCCCGGCUGCCACUUUAGCCUCACGGAGUUUAACAUGGGUCAUCUAAGGUUAUUUUAACGUCCACUUUACAGAAAUUACUGUCUUCCAGUAUGUUAAUUUAGGCUAAUCGGACAGAACAUUGGUCUAUAUAUGAAAGUGAUAAGCGAGAGCUCAGUUUUUCCCCUGAACUUUUUGUGAAAUUGAAACAGAUAUUGCUAUUAUUGUAUUACUAUUAUUAUCAUUAUUAUUAAUUAUUGUACAUUAAAAAACACAAAUAAAGUUUCCAUCAUUAUUAUUACUAUUAUCAUAGAAACUAUGGUCCAGCGCCUUGAGAGAAGAAUGUUCAAUUAUGUAUCAAUUAUGUGUUCCAAAUUUCGGGAGACUACAUUCAGCUUCAGCUGUACAUUUUGCGAUUCAUUAGCAGAAAACUCGUGUUCAAGUAAGGUGUAUUUUUGCGAAAAGAUUUUCGGUUACACUUUGUCAUCCAGUUCGCCAUAUUUUUGCAGUGAUAAUCAGAGAGAAACUUAAAACAAGAAUUAAUUAAACAUGUUUUUUGCGAUAAACUUAAUUAUACGAUUUGCAGUUAUGACUUGUAUCAAUUUCCUCAACGUGGAUUUUAGGACUUAAGGGGGAAAACCAGGUUAAAACUUUGCAAGAAAGAAUUUUCUUUGAUCAGAAAUCGGGCUCUUUUGUAUAGUGGAUUUUCCAAAUAGUACUAAAACUGCAUCGUGUUUUAGUGAUCUUAGCAGUCGAUUUGCAUAUGAUUAAAGGUAUUUAGAUACUGCAAUUCUUGGUUACAUUUUACCAUAAUUACUUCGUGACGGACAAAGAUUGGGAUGAUUUUUAAUUUGCUCAUUUUAUGACCUUAAAUAACUGGUCGGAAGGCAUUUCAUCUCUUGUACGUGUACUCCUUAGUUUCUGUAAAGGUUUUUGAAGGAUUUUUUUUUUUACUUAAACCUCCCAGACGCCACGCAAGCAGUACUUUAUUAAAACAAUAAAUUGCUAUCUUGGGUCCGAUUAUUUGUAACAGAUAAAUUUUCUAUAGUUAGAAGCGCUCUAGCAGUAAUUUAUUUCUUCUUUAGACUCCUUCAAUCGCAUUAGACAGUGUGGCAGUAUUCUUUUAAUUUUUAAUGUGGACGUAUUGGUCACUCUGUAGUCAGCUGUCUUUAGAUGGCGCCGUGUCAAUAUCAGCCCUUAAAAUAAACACAGAAUUAUACGACAAUACUUGUCUGAUAUAUCUCGUAUGCAGCACACGUAUAAUGAUACCAUUCAACGUCUUUGUCACGAAAACCAAAAUUCACGGAAAAAGGGUGUUAUGUUCGGAGAGUGUGUUUUGAAAGUUGCCAGUUAAACAAAAUUAUUUGAUAACGCGAUCGGAACGGUUGGUUUUGAUGUCGUUACCGGCUGUGGGAUCUGUUCAAAAUGCUUAUCAUUUCUUUAUCAGGUUAAUAUGAGUUAUUACCGUCACUCAUAUUUACUUGUUAUCUGACUGUCAUAAUCUCACGCGAUUGUUUUGGCACGGUGUUUUUAAACGAGUUUCUGUUGGUUUUGUUUUCCAAUCAGGUUUAACUUCGCUGGCGAGGCACGCAAAGAUGAAGGGACCCCUGGUUUUGUUUUUCGUAUUCGUUGUGAUCAGCCGUUGUUGGGGCUUUGAGUGCCCAAAGCAGUGCAAAUGUGGGGAAACGAUCCGAUGCAAAGUACGGGAUUUAACCAUCUUGAAGGAAAUAUUACCUGCAAAUAUCACCAGACUGUAAGUACCCUGAAGAGACGGUAUACUUCUCUCUAUCAUAGUUGAUCUUUUGAUAAUUCGGAUUUGAUGCUGGUUAGAACUGGGCUCAGUAACAAUGUGAUUUAAUCACCUAACUUACAAAAUGAUCUACCGCAAGUCUGAGAAAGUUUUGUUCUUUUAUGAUAAGUCUAAGUAACAUUUGAGUUGGAAGAGUAAUUUAAGUACAUAACAGAUUUAUUUUUCCGACUUUUUCAGUAUCAAUUCGUGAACAGAGAAAAACAACAUAACUUUAUUUGUUACGGUCGAAAAAGAAGCUUAGCUACUUUUUCAGUUUUUCGCCAAGGUUCCUGUUACAAAUGCCGGCCUCGAAUAACCACAUUGGAAAUCAUGAUUUUCUAACUUAUAGUUCUGUAUUUGAUUUGACAAAUGUGGUUUUCGUUUGUGGGUGGGCAAAAACAGCAUCUGAAGGUGAUUAUUGUUCCCAAGAGAUGCUUAAACGAGGGCAUCCGAGCUGUGCUGACGGAACUACGUGAAGUCCUUGUUUGCUAUCCGAAAAUUUUAAAUGUAGGAGAUAAACUACCGAACAAAAGGCUCCUUAAACCAGCAUCUCCCUGUCUUAGGAUUUGAUUUGUUUCUGUAAAAAAAGUGAAAUUAAAAUUUCUAUACAGAUGGAGUAAAAAUGAUGUUUUGCAUUUCUUCUGUGCUUCCUUGUUUUAUUUGCUGCAAAGCCCCGCUAGAGACUACAAACAUUUGAUAUACGGUAUCUGAAUCAUUGAUUCGUGCAAAAUGAAUUGCGUUUUCACUUAAAUGCAGUCGGAAACCAAAUAAACAAUCCUAAAAAGAUAAAAAAGGCUUGACUUUUGGUGGCGGCUGUUGAGUUAAUGCAAAGAGCCAGCUUUGACCUUAAAAUAAUAUUUUGACAAACCUCCGUGUGUUUCAUCCUUUCCCCCAGUGCUUAAAGUCGAAACAUUCCCGUGUGAAUCGAGCUUCUUGAAAAAAAAUUGGGAAGAGUGAAACUUUUUUUAUUUUUUCGCAAUAGAGCGUAUACUCAUACAAGGAAAGCUUUUAAUAAAUACAAAUUAAUAAGCUUUAUUUAGGUACCACUAUAAUUAGAAUAUAGAUAUGGUCUGGGUCACUUUUAAUUAAAGUUUAAAUGGGCAUAUGGCCAAUUUCUAAACGAGAUUGUUAUUGGUAGAACCAUAAACCUUUUACAAGAGCUUUCAAUAAAUAUACAUGGAUGUUUUAAAAAAUCUGGGGGAAAGGACAUUCCAUAAAGCGAAGACACCUGUUAUAAUGAGAAAAUCAGAGAAAUCGAUAGUUUAUAAACAGGACAGAGUUCGUACUUCCGUCAUUUCUAUUGAUCGGUUUUUAUGUCAUCAAUAAACCACAAGGCUUGCAUGAGCCCGUCUUUUCGUCUUGUGUCGUUUUCCGCCCAUGCUUGGUUCUAGUGUCGUUGCUUUUUUGCUUUUUUAAUUGGGUGAUCAUGAGUAGAUGCUGUUUGGUAGUCCUGAUGGGCCAAUUCAACAUUUGUACGUCUUCCAUAAUACCGGCUUCUUUACCCCUCCCCCCUCCCCCUACCUCAAUUUUGCAUAGCCAGAUAACUUUUGUUUUUAGUUUCUCCUGGGCAUCACAGUCGUCCUAGGAGUAAUUUAAGAUUACGCCUAUGCAGAAUUUUGGGGAGCAAAAAGGGUGUAUUACGGGAAAUGUGCAAAUGGCCAAUCGGCUCAAUAAUGUUGAUUCAAGCCCAGCCUUUUCCGGACUUUUGUCCCCGCUUAAUAUAGAUCGAAAUCAGAGUGCGUCCCUCAUCCGCCAUCUUUCCUUCGAUACGUCCAGCAGUGGCCGGUGAAAUAAGGGCUCACUAUUUAGUUUGCUAGGAUUAUCAUCAUGAUAACGUUAUUAUUCAUUUUUCGUUCGUUUCUUUUCAAGAAAUGUAAGACUAAAAACGGUCGUUGAAUCUAGAAACAAACAACAACAACAACUUGACCAUGCUGGUCCUGUUUGCUAAUCAUUAAGCCCGUUGCAAACGGACGCAAUAUUGUUAGUUAACGACUCCCAAUGGAUGCUACACGUUACGCCCGUUUGCACAUCCCGUCGCAUUUUGUUGCAUGUUGUUGCGAGUCGUUGCACAAAGUUUCAAACCGGUCAAACUUUGGAGCCAACAGUGCGGCCAAACAUUUAUUUUGUUUGGUGAUCGCCGAAGCGUAGCACAACAAUGUUGAAUCCGUUUGCACAGGUCUUCCACGCCAUUUCACAAGGGUACAAGAUUUUAUGGGUUGAUCCUUCCUACGAUGCACCAUAAGUCCCAACAUGGUAGGGAGUUGUUGCGUACGUUUGCAAGUAGCUUUACGUUUUUUACAUCCUCGGGGACCCAGGGACAGAUAGUGGGGGCGAGGGAAAGUCUAAACGGGAGGAAAAAUAUGGCACAAAAGAAAAGUAAAGAACGGCCAGAAGAGCCCCUGGGGACAAAUCAGAAGCCAGAACGGCGGCGACCGUUUGGAACUGGUCUGGUAAGACAUUGUCUCCAGGGGCUCUUCUCGCCGUUCUUUACUUUUCCUUUGUGCCAUAUUUUUCCGCCCGUUUAGACUUUCCCUCGCCCCCACUAUCUGCCCCUGAGUCUCCGAGGAUGUGUUUUUUAUAGUUUUUAUAGGUACCCCUUUUCGCAACUAAUAUAUUCGUUUUAUUGACUUCCAGUGAUCUAUCGUCAGAAGGCAUUAGCAAAAUUCCACCUGGAACUUUUGAAAAUUUUACUUCACUUCGAUAUCUGUAAGUAUACGUCUACAUGCUCUAAACUACGAAUGAUUCUACCUUUUUUCUCAGAUAAAAGCAAGCAACUGAGCUGCGCACGGGAGAGUUUGUAGAAACAACUGACACACGCUAGCUAGUGUUUCCCCUCCUUCCUCUCGACCAUAAUUAUUUUAUCUGUUGGGCGAGAAAACUGAGUGUUUUAUUCGUACUCUCAUGUAAUGGAGUUUAACGUAGGUUUGAGUUUGGACUUCCAGUAAUUCUCUUCUCGUUAGAAAGAUGUUCACGCGAUUUUGUUUUAACGUUUAGGUUUGAACUUGAACUUGCGGUUUUAUCGUGUAAUUAUUAAGCUUACGAAUUGUAAGUUUAACUUGGGCUUAAUUCAUUUUGUCUUGUUUUCUCUGCAGAUCGCUUGCAAACAACUCAAUCAAACGUCUCACAAGGCACUCCUUUAGGGGACUUCGCAACCUCACAAAACUGUAAGAAUCCGCAUAUAUUGUAUAUUUAAUUUACUAUCCAGUCAUUUACAAGACUUUUUAGCGCAAAUACUCGAGAGGAGAAGUGUUCCGUCACGUUACCAUGGUAGCAAAAUAGCAACGACCUCUGCGACAGCAACGAGAACGGAAAAUGAGCAUUAGGUUUAUAUUAGCAAAACAACAACCUUGCAUGCUUUUUUGUACAUUUCUUAGCCGUCGUUGCACGACUGCGACUUGAAACUUUGUAAUUUCAAGCCCCCACCUUAUAGCGUAGCGAACAUAACACCGUUUUCUUCUUCUUUUUCUAAACUUGGAUACCGUCCUUUCGGAUUCGAACCCAGAAUAUUUCUCCAACAUUUGACAAGUUCAGUGAAGUUGAAUAAGAUCAGUGAAAUGGUGACGUUUUCAGUUUGUCGUCAUCCAUAAAUUUUGCUACCAUAGCAACGUGACGUAAACGGCUUCUGUUCUUAAUAGAUCGUUUUCAUAUCACGUCACUUCCUUCUCGUUGGUGUCCCAAAAACAAUUUAAGAACAACCAAAGAGGAUCUCUGUCUCUAAGAUUGCGUCGUCCACUUUUGCAUGACGUCAAGUCCGCCAUUUUGGUGUCCCAAAAACAAAUUAAGACGACCAAGGAGAAUCUCUUUCACUAAGAUUGCGCCGUCCACUUUUGCAUGACGUCAAGACCGCCAUGUUGAGAUGCCAAACCAGUCCCGUGGUCCCAUUUCAUACGCAAUAACUUUCUUUCGGUUAAAACAAAUUGCAUAUCUGCUGACCACGUGAGUGAAAACACUAUGAUUGGGCUUCAUCAAAACAACAUUUUACUUUAUAAAAUUAACAACUGAAGACGCAGCUCAUACUUAAGACCACUGAAAAUAAAUGAAUCAAAGCCGCGUUUAAAAAUUGUCCGAUUACUGUACGAAAAAGGCGCAAAUAUUCGUGAUGGUUUCCAAAGACUUGUCUGAAGGGGAAUGAUGAUUUCUAAGAAAGGAUUAUAGAUCAACGGCUUUUAAACAAGAGAGCUAACGCGAAGUAUCUACCACUUUAGAAGCGAGAGGAAAACUGGGACAAGUCGUAAGCUUUCGCAAAGUCUUCUGGACCGUUUGCUAGGGACAGUGGGGAAAAUUGGCCAUUGGCUGACCGGCGCGUCCAUCCCAGAAGCAAUUGCGAUACACAUCUCCUUUUUGUUUGUAAAGUGGCGAAUCUGUAGCCUGUUCACAUAACUCAUUUUUUGGUCAUGUAAUUUGUUUCUGUUUUCUUUUGUAGAAAUCUGCUAAAUAAUGAUCAACUGACUUUGGACAAGGACGUCUUUAAAAGCCUCCCAGCUUUGAAAACAAUUCAAGUGAAUGGAAACGUCCGUAGCCAGUUACCGGAAGUAUUUCUGAACAGAACUCAUACGGUUAAUGUUUCCAUUGAAAGAAAGCACGAGAAUGUCCAUUGCGAAUUCCACAAAAAGCCGCGGGAACAGUGUUUUCAGAGUAGCUAUCCAGUAUGCGCGGAAGCCAUGGAUAUCAAGGAAGAUCUCGAGAAGCGUUCGCCCUUUCCAAAACAUGCGUGCGUUCUCGCUACCUGUGAGAACAAGCAGAGAAAGGUCAAACUCGUUUGUAUGGCUUCGAGUUCAAUGGCGAACAACACGUGUUUGCCAGGCAUGAUUGGGGAAAAUACCGGCGUGAAACUUGCUUUAUGGACGUUUGGUCUUUUAGCUGUGGCCUCAAAUCUCCUCGUGUUGCUGACUUUAUUGUGCAACAGUGAAGUUCGAAGCACACCACUCUGCAUUUUCGUCAUGAAUUUACUUUUUGGGAACAUUUUAAUUGGCGCCCAUAUUGUCAUUGUGACCGUCUCUGAUACAGUAACAUACGGGGACUCAUCUGAGUGCCACCAGGAAUCAUGGGAUGGCAAAUUGUGUGUACCGCUGUUCAUUAUCAAAUACAUCGGGCUCAUCAUUGUUGUCCUAUCUCUCGUGCUCGUUACAAUUGAAAGAUUUCUCAUUGUCAUAGUAAAGUCGACCCGUCGCUUUGGUGCGUGCCGAGCAAUUGGCUACGUCUUCGAGAGCUGGAUUUUUGCGACUAUCGCCACAGUGGUUCUGUGGACAAAAGCGGACAAGUGGGGCUAUCUUUGCUCGACUUUUUCCAGCGGUAAAUCAUAUAUGGACUUCAACAAGGGCAUUAAUUUGGCGCUUUUGGGUAUUUGUGUGAUGCUUAUAUGCCUGCAUUUAUUUAUGAUCUGUCGAACGAAGCUUAAAAAACCCGUUAUUGCAGUGACAGUUGAAUACCGAAACGCUGUUCGCAUGUUUCUUGUCGUACUAUCCACGUUUUUUGCCUGGGCAGUUCCUUACACGCUUUUCCUAUUCACAGUACCUGAAAUAUUCACAGAAACUAUUGCCAUGCAAACUAUGGCAAUUUCCCUGUCCGUGAAUGCUUGUUUACAUGCUUUCUUGUACGCAUUUGAUAACGACCAUUUGGAAAAUCUCUACAGCGCUUUGUCGUGUAGGAAAGAGGACUCGAACGAGAGUAGCCUUAAGACUGAAAAAGCUAAACACGCUAAUACCGACAUUGAAAUGGGUCAGAUGCCCGCAAAAAAAUCGCUGGAGUCUUUGACCAUAGUUGAAGCAAAGGAGGACAAAGAAAAUUCCGCGACGGUGUUAACAGUUUCUGAACAACAGCAGAGGGCAGAUACACAACGUAGAGGUUCUGAGUUAUCAAGAGCUGAAGGAGCCGUGAUAAUUAGAAAUAAAUCACCUACGGGCUCUCGGCAAGAAGAAGCUAUUGUUCUUGUACACUCAACUCCAUCGUCGCCGAUAACCUCAACAAGAUGUGGCCGAGCGCACGACGAAGGUGUAAGCGAAUGUGGCACGAUUUCCUCCGACACUAAUGUCACGUGGUUAAGCAGUGAAUGCCCGAGUAUGUCUCCAAGUUCUCCAAAUGCGCUCUUGAAAAUUAAUGAUGGCAACUCGACGCUAUCGAGUGAUGUUUCUUCGAUCACUCCCAGUAAAUCUGCUUCAAACGCAGGGAGUCUUCAAAAACCCAAAAGAAGAGCUGAUUACAUAGAAAAAGAAAGCAAACGGCAGCGUCUUUCGAAGGAAUGUGUGGGAUCUUCCCUGAACCAAUGCGACGGCGAAGAAAUAAAAUGCGAUAUGACCAAGGAUGAAAAUCAAAACACCAAGCGGGACCGACGAAUGAGCCCUGUUCGUGAUAUCAUUGUCCGGGUUCUUUCGCCGAAGGCAAAAAAGCGUCCAAAAACUCUCGAUUGUGUUCCAACGGCCAUCGACGGCACGAAAAAUCCCAUGCACUCACCUCACAAGCGUACUAAAUCACUAUUGGAAGGAAAAGACGCCGAAAUUCUUCGAAGUGACUAUGGUAACAGGAGUCCACUUAGACCUCUGUCGCCCGUGCGGCUUAGGGCUAAAAAGCCAAAGGAUGGGUCUAAAGAAAAACGCAACGGUGUUCUGGUCUUUCGAGCUGGAUCCGACGGCUUGGAAAUUCACGAGGAUGUUACGUCACCAACUUCGCCCAGGUCUGCAAUGUGUACAGAGCAAUCUGAGAAACCUGAAACUCGUUCACCGAAAGCUCCUAAUAAAUCGACAGACUGGGAACGACUGGCAACUUUUUUAGUCAUCAAACCAGUUUCUCCGAAAUCAAAAAUUAAGAUCAGUGAUAAAGACAAGAGGAAGGGAAGGCACAGCCUUCCGGAGGCGGUGCUGAAAGGCCCCGAAAGGGUGCGAAUUUAUGAAAAUCCAGCGAUUAACUUUGACAGUGAGGCGGAAAGCUCCCCGAAACCUACUUCUCCAACGUCUCCAACGCGACGGCUCGCCAAGCUUGAAGAAGGAGAUAAACUUACAGAAUUACCCAUCGGGCUUAAACAAAAAAAUCGCAUUAGCACCGCUUCUACCGUAUCACGCGUGUCAAAGUCUAGCCUAGAAUGGGACCCUUCAUGCGCGUAUGAGUAUGGAGAUGAAGAAGUUAUGCCUCCACCGCCACCCCCUCCACCACAACCAAUCCCUGACCUACCACCCACGCCUCAACCGAGUCCUGGGCCCGAGAGAAAGGCAGAAUCCAGUGACCAAGUAGAAUGUGUUCAAGUCAGACUCGAUCCAGCUAAUCGAUACAGCCUGGAGUGGGAUCCGACCGGUGUGCAAAUGAGGCUUAGCGUUAUUUCUCAGGAUUCUGUCUCGGAUGGAAAUAAAAGUGCGACUUCUGCGCGGAAGAAAGCCGAACCAGAAUAUGUAUAAAAGAGUGUAUUUAGCCGAGAUGCGGCGCAAAAAUUAGGUUAAAUUAUUAAGUUAUUUUGGCGUCAUUCGACCGCAACUACCAUUUUGUGUCCCUCGCUUCAAUACCUACAUCCCAUUAUGUCUAUAAGUUGAAACAAGAAUACCUCAACCAUACAAAUCAACAACAACAAUAAAACAACCCCAACCCUCCCCACUCAGAAUUUGGAUUACGGUAGUUGUAGUCGAAUAGCGCAGUUACGACAGUCAGUUAUUCUUAGUCAAAUACCGACAAAGGAAAAAAAUUGGUUAGAAAAAGUACGGUAAAAGCCGCAAAUAAGGAGCUGCAGAACAAUAAUCCAAAGCACCAAAUACACACGAACCAUUCUAUAUCCUACCUGAGGAUCCUACCAAACAACUGUUUCUGCCAGUUGCCAAAACUCAGGAUUUCUUCUAAUACACGGUUUUUAACUGUACAUAAAAGCAAAGGUGAGAUAGAUUUGGACAAUAUUUAUGCAAACGGUAAUUAUGGCUCAGUCAGUUCCCGGCGAAUCCCCCCCGGGGGUGGGGGGGGGGGGAUUCCUAUUUCAAAUACAAACGUCGCACUGUGAGACCAACAGAUUCAAGGACAAGGUAGAAAUGUAUUUUUCCCAAAAUUUAACAACGAAAAAAUGUACCGCCACCUAAAAGACCUUUGAUAAGAAUGCCCCACCCUGGGAAAUCAUGAUUAGGCAAAUGUCCAGAGGAUAUGGGUACGUUUGGAGUCGACUGGGCCAUUAUGAAAUUCAUUGCAAUGGAUAACAUACACAGGCGUUUCAAAGUCGGAAGUUGGAAAGAUUUAAACGUUUUGCUUGGAAAAAAAAGGCACAAAAUUUCAGGUUUAAGUUGAAUUCAAGGUUUUAAGAUUUAAAUAGGAGUGAUGAAAUGCAAGAAUAAUUUAGUUUUGAACUUUUGGGUCAGUUUUGAAAGAUAUGAACAAGGAUCGCCAUACGACGAAUAAUGAGGUCCUCUCUCGUGAAAACGUAAAGCUACUUACACAAGGUUUAACGAAAACAUAAUUUGUACUUUUAUGUACAUAAGAGCAAAAUGCAACACAUUUUGUUCACGCCGACACGUUUGUCUUUCUUCAAAUUGUUUCAUAAGAAACCAAAAUAACAUAAAAUUUGUUUCUCUAAGAGAAAUUUCUGUUUGAUUCGUAUGGAUCGUAUUAAAUUUCUUUUUCUUUCACGGGGAGAAUACUAUUAUUCAAACCAUAGAAAUGAUUGUCAGUGCCUUUCACUUUAGAUGUAACGGUCAAAAAUCUACGAAACAAAACAAGCAAAAGCGUCAUUAUCGGAAAGCGAAACGGUGUAAGGAAAAGGAAACGGUUUCUUGUUUGCUUGCGUUAAGUCAUAGAGCGAGUGUUUGUUAUCGAUGAAAGCAGAGAAAAAAAAUUAAAAAGAGAGGAAUAAGAGAAAUAACUUAAACCACAUUCUUGUUAAGACCGAAGCAAUAUUUCAGUUGUAAAUUAACCCUUAAUUUAUUACAAAAAAUGUGUGUUGUAUAUAUUUAAAGUGCUAGUAAUAUAUUGCUUGGAACUAACGAUAAGUAAACUUAUUUAUAUACACAUAAAAGUUUAGAAUAAAAUCGUUUUAUUAUUUU